CUCAAGUCCUCAUCACCUCGCUUGACUUUUGAGCUCUUCAGAAAAUCUGGUAAGUUGGAGCAUCCCUUGGAUUGAACCAUCUCCUAAACCACAAUGAUGUCCUCCAGCGGUGGGCGGAAUGAAUGCUAUGCCAGCUGCCCUGCAUCCACAGUGACAAUACAGCCACCACCAUUUGUCCUGACCAUCCCAGGACCUGCACUCUAUUGUCCUAACCAACCAUUUGGCAUUGAACAAUACAAUCCGUGUGCGGGAGUUGGAUAUGGCAGCUUGGGAGGCAGUGGGGGAGAUUUUGGUGGUGGCCGUGCUCUGGGUAGUAGUGGAGGUUUGGGCAUUGGUGGCAGUAUGGGGAGUGGUGGAAGCUUUGGUGGUGGCCGUGGUCUGGGGGGCCUGGGUGGUCUGGGUGGUAGUGGUGGAAGUCUGGGUGGCCGUGGUAGUGGAAGUUUGGGUGGCCGUACUAGCAGUGGUGCUGGAUUAGGAGGUAGUGGUCUGAGUGGAAGUGGUUUUGGCACUGGUGGUAUCAGCAGAGGUGGCUCAGCAGGAGGUCUUGGCGGUAGUGGUGGUAGACGCGGGUCAACUGGGUCAACUGGCAGCAUAACUGGUGGUAUUGGUGGUGGUCGUGGCAGCACAGGUGCAUCAGCAGGAGGUCUGGGUGGUAGUGCAGGUAGACGAGGAUCUGCUGGAUCAGGUGGCAUUGUAAGUGGGGGAGUUAGUGGUGGUCGUAUCAGCAGGGGUCCAUCAACAGGAGGCAUGGGUGGUAGUACUGGUAGACGUGGAUCCACUGGAUCAGGUGGCAGCUUAAGUGGUGGCAUUAGUGGUGGUCGUAUCAGCAGUGGUCCAUCAGCAGGAGGCAUGGGUGGGAGUACUGGUAGACGUGGAUCAGCUGGAUCUGCUGGAUCAGGUGGCAGCUUAAGUCGUGGCAUUGGUGGUGGUCGUAUCAGUACAGGUGCAUCAUCAGGAGGUAUGGGUGGCAGUUUUGGGGGUGGUGUCUCCGGAGGAGGUUUAAGCCGUAGAGGCAGAAGAUACAGUGGUUCUGCAUCCGGUGGCCGAAGAUACACCAGCAGUUCCUAUGGUGGCCGAGGAUUCGGUGGCAGCUUAUCUGGUGGCAGAACCUACAGUAGCAGUGGAUUUGGAGGAGGAUAUGGUGGAGCAGUACCUGGAGGAAUCAGUUAUGGUGGAAGUGGAUAUGGUGGCAGUGGUUAUGGCACCUGUGGCUAUGGUAGCUGUGGAUACGGUGAUGGUGGAUAUGGUGGCAGUAGAUAUGGGGGAAUCAGAUAUGGUGGCUUUCCUGGUGGAGGCUACACCAGUGCUGAGACUGCCAUGGCACUGCUGCCAUGCAAUUCGCGUGGCUCCUCAUACUACUUUUAUUGAACCUGAUGGAAAUAACCCCAACAGAUGUUGGAGAAAGAAAAAUGAAGCUUGGACUUAUGACAAUGGACUUCAGAAGUGUCCUUGAACCUGCUGAGACUGACCUGAUUGUUCAGUAUUUCUACACUUGAAUUGCAAGCACGCAUUUUCUGUCCCACGUUGGAACAUGAGAAUAAAGAAACUCACGAUCGUUUCCUCC